AUGGCAUGUUGCGAUGCAAAUUAUUAUUUCACGUGGGCGGCAGUUGGUGAUUACGAAUCUCUUCCAGACUCUAGUAUUUUUGCUAACUCAGGGCUAGGAACAGCCUUGGAAACAAAAUCUCUAAAUCUUCCUCCAUCUAAAGAAAUGCCAAGUACAAACGAGAAAAUACCUUAUUUUUUUGUAGGGGAUGAGGCAUUUCCUCUGCGAAAUGAUUUAAUGCGUUUUUAUUCAAGGAAAGGUAUCAAAAGCGACAGAGAAAGAAUAUUCAAUUACAGAUUGUCUCGUGCUCGAAGAAUAAUAGAAAAUGCCUUUGGUAUUCUUACAUCAAGAUGGAGAGUUCUUUGUUCAUGCAUCUGCAUGAAACCAGAAAAUGUAGAAAAAAUAGUGUUGGCUACACUAUGUCUACAUAAUUUUUUAAUAAUGCGAGAGGACUGUGAAAAUGAAAGGAAGAUUUAUUGUCCUACAAGUUAUGUCGACUACGAAGACCACGAUGGAUCAGUGAUUCCAGGAAUGUGGCGAAAUGAAACCACAAAUUCUAACUUCCACAAUAUUGGCUGCUUAGGUUGCAAUAGUGCAACAAGAAACGCUGUAACUCAAAGAAAUGCCUUAGCUGAUUGGAUGAUUUCUGAGGAAGGACAAGUAUCCUGGCAAACACAAAUGAUUCAUCGUGCCAAUCAUGUCAAUUUUCCUUGUUUGACGCAAAGCCAAUAAUGUAAAGAAAUGCUGAAAAUCCUUGAGGAAUCAAUUUAAUAGAAAGCUGAAUUAGAGGAAAC